AUACAACCAAGAGUUCACAUCAUUCUCUAUUUACCACACAUGUCUAUAAUGCCAACCCUUUUCCAUACUAGAGACUACCGUGGGGCUACGGUUGAAGAUCUCGACAUUAAACCUGCCCUUUCCAUAAACCCAACCACCACUCUUGAUGAAGCUGUGGAAAUUGCAUUUGAAAAUGAAUUUACAAACUUGCCAGUUAUUCAUGAAGAUAAUAAGAAAUUACUUGGGAUUUUAAACGUUGAAUCUCUCAAGAAUGAGAAAAGUAAAUUCUUGAAGCCUAUUGUGAAAAACUACAUGCUUUGGUUCCAUCAAAAGGCUCGCGAGAAGUAUGAAAGUGAAGAAAGAGAAGGUAACAAAACUACAACUAGUCUUAGUACCACCAUUAGAACACCAACUAAGGGAAGAAAGUAUGCUGUAAUUACUCCAUUAACCCCCUUGGAAGAACUUUCCAAGUUCUUCAACGGUGGUAACUACUUUGCCAUAGUAACUAACGAUGUCGGGACAUUUGUCUAUGGAGUAGCUACUCCUGAAGAUCUUGUGAAAUACGAGAACUCCAGACCAAGAUUGUAAAUUAAAAAAAUAAAAAGUGUUAUUGAACGAUAUAAUUAAUGUAAUUAAUAUUAAGGUCUCAGUUUAC